AUGGCUUGUGAGGAAAAAUCAUUUUUGGAAAUGAGAGAUGAAGCUUUAUCCUAUUUUCGAGAUCAUGACCCUGUAGCACGGAGGAGUGCCAUAGUCAAUGAAGUAGCUAGUCCAGUGGUUCACGAUCUGCAACAAGAAGUUAAGAAUUUAAAAGCAGAGCUUGAGAAGAUGCAGCUAUCCCGAGUGGAGGCAGCUAGGCCUGAGAGAAGAUGUUUCCGAUGCGGGGCGCGUGACCAUUUGAAGUCAAGUUGCAAGCAGCCAGUUAAGUGUUUUAAGUGUUUUGGGACUGGUCAUCUAAAAAGAAAUUGCCCACAGUGGAGGGGUAGCAAUUAUUCGCCCAGGCCCCAACAGCCGAGUCAACAAAGCAGUAAUCAACCAUACUAUGGUAAUGAUGCACCAGCAAGUGUAAGGAAUGUUAUUAGUAACGAUGCUGAGUCUUCUUCGACCAAGUUGUUGGCAAGUAGCCCCACGGCGAUGGUUGAUAUUGCAGGGGUACGGUUGAGCUGCAUUCUUGACACCGGGGCUGAGACUUCUAUUAUCCCAGCUGACAUAUAUUAUGAGAAGCUACACAACAAACUUGGAGGUAUGCGCCCAGAAAAUACAUUUUUAUCUAUGGUUGGGGCUAAUGGUGAGCCAAUUCCGAUUGAAGGCUAUGUGGAAGUCCCCUUACAGUAUGGGAACCAAACCAUCAUGGCUAGCUUUCUAGUGGCGAGUGGGCAGAGCCCGAGACAGGUGGAUCACCCAGUGUUGCUGGGGUGCAACAACCUCCGGGCUUUGGCAAGCCUUGAGAUUCCAGAGAUGGAUCGAUACGCAUGGAGUACAACAAUACAAGGCGAUGUGUUGAUUAGCCCGGCUCACAAAGAUGUAGAGGUGGUGGAAGGUUGUCAAACCAUCAAGAAUAAUGAAGUAGAGGUAAUGGUAGUUAAUGAUGUCAACCAUGAAAUAGUACUCCGUCCAGACACAUACAUUGCUGAAGCAGUUGUUGUGGAUAGCCGACAAGAAGUCUGUCUUCAGGUUGGGGAUGGCAAGUUGCAGGUAGCAGUUAAUGAAGUGGUAGUGGAUCCUGGUAAAGUAAAGAAAGGGGACUUAUCAGCCAAAGUUGAGACUAACCGAAGUGAUUCAGCACUCCCUUUGGGACUGAAGUUAGACUAUCUCUCCGAUGAAGAACAGAGGUUAGUUAUGGAAGUUGUAGAUAGACAUAGGGGUGCAUUCUCGAAUGGAACUUAUGGUGUAGGUGAAUGCAAGGUAUUGCCUCACGAUAUUGUCCUGCGAGAUGGGCCACCAAUUCGCCUUCCGUAUAGGCGCAUCCACCCGAAUAUUAUUCCAGAAGUACAGCGAAAGCUCCAGGAGAUGCUGGACCAAGGCAUAAUUCGGCCAUCGAAAAGCUCGUAUGCUAGCCCAGGAGUGUUAGUACGCAAGAAGGACAAUACUUUAAGACUCUGCAUUGAUUAUAGGCAGUUAAAUGGACGUACGAUCAAGGAUUCCUUUCCACUACCAAGGAUAGAAGAGGCUUUGGAGGCGUUGGGGGGAGCAUCCUAUUUCUCCACACUUGACUUUGCCCAUGGUUAUUUCUAG